AUGAAAACAAGUAGCAUUGUGAAAAUACCAAGGCGGCUAAAUGCUAAGACAACGCUGCUAACUCCAUGCUAACUUCGCUAACAUAGAGAUUUCGUUUUUUAUAUAGACAUUGUCAAUUGCAAUAUAAAAUAUGACGUUGAACAUAAACAAAAGAAAUAAAUGAAAUGCAAUAUAUUCUGUGCUGUACUCGGUAUUAGCUGCCGAGCUAACGCUGCGAUAAUGUUCGUGUUUUUUUUUCUUCUUCUAAAAACCACAAUACAAUUUAGUUUGGGGUAAAAAUAAAAUCACAGGGCAAUUUGUUUUAUUAUGUUGUUGUUUCUUUUUUGAUGUAAAGAUCUAUCGACACAUGAACAUUGUCUGUCAGUUUCCGUUGAAUUAAACAAAAACAUUUUCAGAUGGAUUUCAUUGAUUUAAACAACGUGUUCCAAGUGCUGUUGUAGUUUCACAUGUUUUUAUAAGAAAUCAGUGGUGGGUGGAACAGAACGGACUUCAUUGAAAGCAGUUCUUUACUUACACACACAGCGUAGACCCAAGAGCUGGUCUCUAUGUUUUGUAGAAAUGUUGCUGACUUUGAAAUCACUGCGUUUUUCAAAAAUAUGUUGACGUUUGUCAGACAGACAGAGACUUCCACUAGUCCCCUGGGGUCACUAGUCCUCUUGUAUCAGCUAAGCGUCCUCAGCAUGUCCUCGGUCAACUAAGGUUAUAUAUAUAUUAUUGUACCAUGAACAGCUCCAGGAACCACAGGAUUGAUUUAGAAAACAAUCAUAAUUUACAACAUGUGAUGUACAUUGACGUGGUUCAGUGUAACGAUGACCAUACAGUUAAUGUGUCUGUCACUCACGAGUCCAGGUCUGGUCACAGUAUUACUGGGUGUCAUGUCUGGAGCAUAUCCCACUGAAAGACGGUUUUAUUGUUGGUCCUAAAACCAACGUCAGAGCUGCUUUUAAACACACGUGGCACAACGAGAACUUAAUGAUAGCUUAAUGAUACAAAUAUAUAAACUUUGUGCUAAUACCAAUUAUUUUUGUCUGUUUUCUCCGUCUAACUGUACGUCACUUAUUUACAACAGCAAAACUCUGCAACUGUGACCGAAACCUUUCAAAAUAAAAGCCUUUAUUGUAAAAACAAGAACUAAAAAAUUAUAAACUUAAAUCUGUGAUGAAAACACACAAUAUCCUAUCCUUUGCCAAAUAGUGAGUUAUGGUCUCCCUAAUUCCACUGUAUUGUUUAGAGCUGGGGUCACCAACCUUUUUCAAACAGAGAACUACUUUAGAGGCACUUAGUAAGACGAAGAUUGAUACAGACUUGAUACAGCAACCAACGUCAUAAUAAUUGGUUCUGGGACAGACAACAGCAGAAGCUCUUCUGACCAUCGACGUUACACCCAUUUGAAAAUCAUUGGAAGUGGAAUUCAGAAAGCACAGUAACCGUACCAUGACUCUCUUGUUGACUAGUUUUUAGAACAUACCCCGCGGGCACCUUAGGUAGUCCACGGAGUCUACCAUGUGCCCCAUCACACCACGUUGGUGACCCCUGGUUAAGAGGACUUUUCAUGCAGAGUCAUGCUCAGAAAAGCUCUGACCAAUGGACUGUUGCUGCUGCGAUGGCCGCCUUACUUCACUGCUGUUCGGUGUUUGCGCUCUAGAUUGACUAGCCUCGAAAUGCUGGUGCAUCCCUUUAUGGUGGUGGAGGUUGGUGGUGUCACCUCUAGAUGUUGCUACAACCGCUCUGCUCUCCAGCUUCUGCCAUUCUCCUCACUCCUCUGACUGCUGUUCCUACAGGAAGGUCAGCGGAGCUGGACGACAUCUGAUUGGUCAAAUGUCAGCAUGCUGGCUGUGAAAGCAUGGCACAAACAUGACCACCUUCAUGAGGUCACUGGUGUGAGUGGAGAAAACUCAUCAUCUGAGCAGCAGCAGCAGUAACAGCAGCAGUAACAGCAGCAGGAACAGCAGCAGGAACAGCAGCAGGAACAGCAGCAGGGACCGUACUGGACCUGGAUCUGCCAGUGGAAACACUACCACCUGAGAUGAAAACAGGCCACAGAUGAUGAAAGGACAUUUUGACACUACAACACUACAGGCCAAGUGUCAUACUAACAUCUAGUGAAUAGUACAUUAUUUAUGAACUUUUUAUAUCAGUUGUCCCACAGAAGCACUUCAAAACCUAACCAAGGUUUUCACAUCAUAGACUCUUAAAAAUCUUCCUAGGUUCCUCGUUGGUAAAAACGGAACACAUCCAAAAACCAGACUUGAUAAGUUCACAAAGGACUGCUGUUUUCUUGGCUAUUUUGCUACAGCUUCGUUUGGAGAUGUUCCAGUUCAGCAAGUACCCCAUGGACAUUUUAGAGAUGCUAAGUGGACACCAAGCCCAUCAGUUCAAAGGCCUCGGACUUGAACGACAGCUGAGCCACCAGCAGCAAGUCCAACUGCAGCAUCAGCAACAGCUUCAACAGCAGCACCAACCUUCCGCCGAAGCCUCAGGGACUCUUUUGUCUGGCCUGGGUCUUGGAUCCCUCCAGAGCUCCCGUAGCAAUGCCUUUGCUGAUUCUUCAUCACUAUUUGCUAAAAUGAGUGCCCCACACCCACCUAUCUCUCAUCAGAGCCAAUCAUCCUCUGCGUCACACAGCUCUAGGAAGUCCAGUAAGAUGAGCAGCAGCAGUGGGAACUCUGCGUCAGGUUAUCCCCAAUUUCUACGGCCUUUUCACCCAGCAGAGGCGGCGCUGGCGCAGGAGCAGCUCCACUCUGGGAUGGGACGUUUUGACUUUGGAGGAAGCAGCAGUGCAGGAAGUGCAGGUGUCAUUGGGGGUGUGGUCACACCAGCGCCUCCACCUCCACCACUACACCCAGGCUUAUCUGUCCCCCAGCCCUCCCCUGGUCCCUCUUCCUCCUCAGCAUCUCCUGCAACCUCUGCUUCAGCUGCUAACAACCCUUCUGGCAGUACCACCGUCCCCUUGGUUGGACAGUCCGAUCCUCGGAGCCUCCACCAGCAGUUCAGCUGCAUGCUAGCAGCAAACCAGUACUUCUUGUCUGGUGUUCCUGCCAACAGCAGCCUGGAACAGUUCCUCGUCCAGCAAGGCACCCACAACCAUCUGGGCCUAGGUCUUAGCCAAGGGCCCACAGAGUCAAACUCAGGCCUCCCCCCCACGGCCCUCCACUCCUCCCACAGUCACCCAACUUCUCAGCCCCAGCAGCAGCAGCAGCAGCUGACGCCUCACGCCUUACCGCACCCACACAGCCAUGCUCACCACCCACACCCUCUCCAUCCGGCCCCCCAGCCUGCCCCACUCGGAGGCUUUGAUUUUCAAGGCAUCCCUGUCCUGUCCUCCAAUCAGAUAGCCUCUCUGAUGCAACAGGAGACUGGGCUUCCUCUGCCAAUCCCUCUACACUUGUCCAUCUCCAAAGAUGAUGCAUCCAAGUCUGGAGACACCACAACCACAUCAGCCUCAAGUGGAGGAAGCAGGAGAAAGAAGGCAAUGGCAGGCUACUUGCCCCAGAGAAAAGCAGACAGUAGUAGCCACAGCAGCCACAGCAGCAGCAGCAGCAGCAGCAGCAACAGCAGCUCUAGUGGACACAGUCAAAGCUCAUCGUCGGGAGUUGUGGGCGGGGCAGGAUCCACUGGGGUUGCUAUAAGUGGAAUCAGCAGUGAGCAACAACAUUCCUCACUCCUCACAUCUUCCUCGCAGCGGUCUUCCUCCUCUGUCUCUUCCUCUUCUUCUAACCCUUCUUCCUCCAACCCCACCUCUGUGCUAGUAGCCAAUGGUAACCAGCAGUUGCCCAAAGACAGGGAUACUCACAGGAGCAGUACGUCUGACCAGUCUGAACCAGAACCUCUCUACCACUGUGGUGAGUGUGGUAAAACCUUCACCCAUCUUUCCAGCCUCCGAAGGCACCUGCGCAGCCACGGCCUGACGCCAGAGAGUCACAGCAGAAAGUUAGAUUGCAACACCCCUAGCCCAGAGAGGAUAUUCUGCUGUGGCGAGUGUGGAAAGCGGUUUAAAAAAAGGGGUCACCUCAUCCAGCACAGUGUCACUCACUCGGAAAACCGACCUUUUGCCUGUAGCAUCUGCCAGAAGUCUUUCAACCGCCGAGAGUCCCUCACGAGACACGAGAAGAUCCACGACGAGAAGCCUUUCCGCUGCCCGGCGUGCGGAAGGUGUUUCCGUGAGAGCACUGCUCUCCUCAACCACGCUGCCUCUGGAGCUUGUGGCAAACCCCCUCGCAAUUCCAAAAAACAAGCCAACAGUGGGGGAAGCAGUUCAUCGAACCCUGGCAGCAGUAAAAUGGGCAGCAGUGGAGACAGAGUGGGCAUUUUAAACAACGGAGUCACAAUGACCAAUGACAAGUACGCCCCAGAGUAUUCCAAAAACCGCUACCCCAGUCAGUCGUCCUUCAACACUGGAGUGGACAUUUAUAGACGUUCGCAGUCUUCAUCGAUGUACUCCUCGGGGAGUACACUAGCCAGUGAAAUGAGCGCCCACACACUUCGCAAAGCCCCUUUGGCCCCAACUCUUCACCCCCACCCUCAGAAUCAUCAACAACACCACCACCAUCAACAACAACCGCAGCAGCAGCAGCAGACACACCUUCCUCUUUCUUCCCUACUGGAUGAUUCGGAGGAUGAGGUCACCAGUAGUGCUAUGUCGGCCAUCGCAGCAGCAGCUGCAGCUUCCUGUGAUUUAAAUUCAGAGGGUAGGGAUGGGGAGAGGAGGGACAUCAUUGGAGGAUUGCUGGGAGGUUUGGGGUUUGGUAGCUUGGGUGGUCCACCCUCUACUCCUAGCCUCAAUGGCUCCACUGUGCCUUUGACCCACCCCAGACACAUUCACACCAAGCCCAGGAGACCAAGGAAGCCUAGAGAAAAAAGGGACCCCAACAGUGUAGUCAGGAGGAGGAGGAGCCCAGCGCCACCAGGGGACGGUUCAGAGAGGCCAUAUGGUUGCCAUAUUUGUGGAAAACGCUUCAGGCGGGCUGAGACGCUGCGACGUCACAACCGUGUCCACACAGGAGAAAAGCCUCAUUCCUGUGAAGUAUGUGGGAAAAUGUUCCGUGAGCCGUUUCACCUCACGAAACACUUGACCGUCCACUCUGGGCAAAAGAACUACAAAUGCAACCUUUGUGGGAAAAUGUUUGCUUAUGCACAGAGUCUGGUGAGACACGGCAAGUUGCAUAGAAGAGGGGAGAUUGACAACCAGGGCAGGAGAAUCAAAGGCGCUGCCGCCGUCAAUCAGGUCUCUGGGAACUCCGACUACUUCUCCUCCUGCUCCCAAGGAGAAAAAUCACCAACCUCUGGAACUCCCUCCCACAGGCUUUACACCUGCACUGUAUGUUGGAAAUCAUUCCGCCACUACUUCAACAUGACAGCACAUCAGCAGACUGUGCACGGUGGCGUCGUGGGCCGAGAGAAAUCCUAUCGUUGCGACGUUUGCGGUAAAGCCUUCGCCUACUCCAACAGUUUAGUACGACACAAGCUCUCACAGCACGGCAUCGACCGCAACGACCAGCGUGUCACUCAAACCCAGCCCACCGGGUUCUCGCCACUCUUCUACGACACAGCACCGGGUCCUAACUACACCGGGCUGCCUCACAUGCACCAGGGGGCCCCGAGGGACCUGGAACAGCACCAUCACCUGCAGAACCCUUUUUGCUACCGCUCCAAAAACUUCCAAAAGCAACAUGGACACACAAGAAAACAGCGAAAGAAAAGAAGACGUGUGGAGAUUCACAGCAUCAUGAGGGAUGGGAAGCUGGUGGGUUUUCCUCUGAGUAAAGACACUAGAAGGAAGCUGACGCUCCUCAGGAAAAAGAGGGGGAGGCUGCAGGCACAGAUCAAGAAGAAGAAGCUCCUGGCUCAGCUCAGGAUGAAAGGCGGGACAAUAGCAGUUAAAGCCUGGAGCGGGGGUGCUGUUAAGGUCACUGGCCUUACCUCACUGGACAUCCAGAUCAAGCGCUUCCCCUGUCCAAUCUGCCCUAGCACCAUGUAUGCCAGGCUGGGCUCGCUGCUGCUCCACCACGCUGUUCGACACCCACCGCACAACUCGGACCGCCGUGCUCGACUGCUGUGUCAGGUGUGCGGACGACAAACCAGCUCGCUUCACAAGGCCCUGAAACACAGAGGGCAGCAUCUUAAACGGGCCGCCUUCCAGUGCCACAGAUGCAGAAAUCGUUUCUGGAACCCCAGACUACUAGACCGACACAGGUUCUCCUGCCGGGGGAUGGGCAGCGGAACCUGGGAGCUGAUGACCGUCAGACCCGUGUCGACCCACAGCCAUUCACACGGCGACGCUUCGCCAGGAGAAAUGACCGCUCCGAUUCUGGUGCAGCAGCAGUGAUGAGAAUCUGAACCAAAUUUUCAACUUUAGAGAUUUUAGCACUGUCUCUCUGUCGCCCCCUGUGUAGAGCCAACGUUCAGUUUUGUUGAAAAAGAAAAGAGAAAAGUCACCAUCGGUUCCUGGAACUCAGUCAGGACAUCACAGGGAAGUAAGUUGUUUUUCACACCGACUGAUUUCACUUAUUUUUUUAAGAAAAGUAAAUAAAUAAACACUUUUUUUUUUAGAAACAACAAGUGAGUGGAGUUUACUGUAAUCAUUACUAUUAUAUUUUAUUAGUCCUUUUUUUACUCCACAUACCAUUGGUCUAGAACUGUCUGGAGGGGGGCUAUGUUCACCUGAGUUUCUUUUAUUAUUGAUGUGCUCCUCCUCCUUUCACAUCUGUUUGUAACUGCACAUAAUCUUUGAAGUAAUACGUUUCUUUUUUGUCCAUCUAAAACAUUUAUUGAUGUUGUUAUUGUUAUUCUGAUUAUUGUUAUUGUUAGGACUUAAUAACCCUGAUUUUUCUUGACUAAAAAUGAGUUGAUGAAAAC